AUGGAUAACGAUUUAGAAAAUGUCCUAAAUGACUUUGAAACGAGAAUUAAGGAAUUAGAACAAUGUAACGAAGGGUUACGUUCUCUAUUCAAAUAUUUAGAAGAAGAUAACAAAGCCAAGCAAGAAAUUAUUAGUAAUUUAGAAGAAAAGGUUAGAGAACGAGAAGAAGAAACGAAAGCCAAGCAAGAUAUUAUUAAUGAUUUAGAAGAGAGGGUCAAAAUUAAUGCUUUGAGCUGA